AGUCUUUGCGUUUGGUAUCUAUCUGACUUAGUUGCUGCAUGGACUCUUUUUCUUCCUAGUUCUUGUUCCUCUUCUCUCUCUCUCUCUCUCUCUCUCUCUCUCUCUCUCUCUCUUUACUUUUCGCGUUUCUCAUCAUUCUUUCAAACACAAAAGAGGCAGAGGCAACGGAGAACCAAUAGUUCAUUAUUUUACUGACGAUGAACAAUAAAGAUGGAAAACCAGUGACCCAGCCAGACAAAAGCAGGAUUUUCCCUAUGGCAAUCAUAUUUGUGGUGCUUUGUGGAUUUUCAUUCUAUAUGGGAAUAAUAUUUUGUUCUGAGAAGGACAGAUUUGUGUCAAUUUACAGUCAGAAAUCUGUUGAAUCCCCCAGGGAAUCAUCAAUAGGUUCUCUGCAAAUUAAAUACGUCAGUUUCCCUGAAUGCAGCAUUGACUAUCAAGAUUACACUCCGUGCACAGACCCUAGGAGAUGGAGGAAGUAUGGCUCCUAUCGGCUUACUUUGUUGGAACGCCAUUGCCCUCCAAAAUUUGAGAGGAAAGAAUGCUUAGUUCCUCCCCCGGAUGGGUAUAAGCCUCCAAUUAGAUGGCCAAAGAGCCGAGAUGAAUGUUGGUACAGGAAUGUUCCAUAUGACUGGAUUAACAAGCAGAAGUCCAAUCAGCAUUGGUUGAAAAAGGAAGGGGAGAAAUUCCUCUUUCCUGGUGGGGGUACUAUGUUCCCCAAUGGGGUUGGUAAAUAUGUUGAUUUGAUGCAAGAUCUGAUCCCAGAAAUGAAGGAUGGAACAAUUCGAACUGCCAUUGAUACCGGUUGUGGGGUUGCUAGCUGGGGUGGUGACUUGCUGGAUCGCGGGAUUCUAACACUUUCUCUGGCACCAAGGGAUAACCAUCAAGCUCAGGUUCAAUUUGCUCUCGAGCGUGGUAUCCCUGCAAUUCUUGGUGUCAUUUCUACACAGAGACUUCCAUUCCCAUCAAACUCCUUUGAUAUGGCUCAUUGCUCCAGAUGCCUUAUCCCAUGGACAGAAUUUGGUGGAGUUUACCUGCUUGAAAUACACCGGAUUCUUCGUCCUGGAGGAUUUUGGGUCUUGUCUGGUCCACCAAUUAACUAUGAGCGCAGGUGGCGUGGAUGGAAUACAACUAUUGAAGCACAAAAGUCAGAUUAUGAGAAGUUGAAGAAGUUGUUGACUUCAUUGUGUUUUAGAAUGUACAAUAAAAAGGGUGACAUUGCUGUAUGGCAGAAGUCCGCAGAUAACAAUUGCUAUAAUAAGUUGGCUAGAGAUACCUAUCCACCUAAAUGUGAUGACAGCCUUGAACCAGAUUCAGCAUGGUAUACACCACUUCGUGCCUGUAUUGUGGUUCCAGAUCCCAAGUUUAUGAAAUCAGGUCUAUCAUCCAUUUCUAAGUGGCCUGAGCGGUUGCAUGUUACACCAGAACGGAUUUCAAUGGUUCAUCGUGGGAGUGCUAGUACUUUCAAACAUGAUGAUAGUAAGUGGAAAAAGCAGGUUGCAUACUACAAGAAGUUGAUGCCUGACCUUGGGACUGACAAGAUAAGAAAUGUAAUGGACAUGAAUACGGUAUAUGGAGGUUUUGCUGCGGCCUUGAUUAAUGAUCCUGUAUGGGUCAUGAAUGUGGUCUCAUCUUAUGCUGCCAAUACACUUGCUGUGGUAUUUGAUCGAGGCCUUAUUGGAACACUCCAUGACUGGUGUGAAGCUUUUUCCACAUAUCCUCGAACAUAUGACCUGCUUCAUCUUGAUGGACUCUUCACUACAGAAAGCCACAGGUGUGAAAUGAAGUAUGUCUUGCUAGAGAUGGAUCGAAUCUUACGACCAGGUGGGUAUGCAAUCAUUCGUGAGUCAAGUUAUUUUGUGGAUGCAAUCACAACCAUUGCCAAGGGUAUGCGAUGGGAAUGUCAUAAAGAAGAUACUGACAACGGUAGUGACAAGGAAAAGAUAUUAAUAUGCCAGAAAAAGCUUUGGUAUUCAUCCAACAAAGGUUCAAGAUGACAAAUUAUGCAACAUAAGUGGUAAGAUGAUGAUGGUUAGAGUAGUGUUAUCACGUAGUCAAAGAAAAAAGAAGCGAAUACAGAGCUGCUCUUGUCAUUGAUUGACUCGGUCUAUAUUAUAAUCAGCCAAGAAUCAGUCAAUUACAAAUCUGUCAAGAGAACAAGUGGUAACCCAAUAAUCAGAUUUUGUUAAUUUAUAGAGAAUUUUUUCAUAUAUAUAUAAUAUCCAAAUGCUACCAUCUUGAAGGCAUUUAACCCGACACCACGGGAAGCAUGAUUUCCCAUGAGUGCUGCCAUUCCAAGUAUAGUGUUAUUUUGUACAGGAAUUGUCUUACAAACAUACAAUUGGGUUAAUUCUGAGCAUGAGUAAUACUGAUCUUUUUGGCC